CUGAGCCGCGCUCGAUUAACACUGCCUGCUUUACUGUUCAGCGUUACUGCGGCUGCCUGCCAGAGAGCUCAGUAACGCGGCUGCCGGGUUCAUACACGGCGUUACCGGGACUCACUAACGGGGCGGGGGGCAAAUCAGCCCGGAGACGCAGGUCGGGACCGCGUCGGCACUCCAGCAUGGCAUCGGGGGAGCUUUACGAGGUAGAACGGAUCGUGGACAAGCGGAAGAACAAAAAGGGCAAGUGGGAAUAUCUAAUCCGGUGGAAAGGCUACGGGAGCAAAGAGGACACAUGGGAACCUGAGCACCACCUGCUGCACUGUGAGGAGUUCAUCGAUCAGUUCAACAGCCUCCGUCUGCAGGACCGCCGCUCCAAACCAGCCAAAACCAGAACCGGAACACAAGCGCACAGGGUCCGGGACAUGUCCAGACAUCAAGGAGAAACACGGAAAAAGAAAAGGACUAGCAGAGGAUCCCCGGGACCGGGUGUCCCGCAUAGACAGAGAAAAAUGAGUGGAGGGAAAGCGUCCGGGGACAGAACCAGUAAACCGGGGACUUAUAAGCGAGUGAACGCAGGGCUUCAGUUUGUUCCUCCUAUCAGGCGUCCUACAGACGGGCUACAGAACGGAGAAACGGACGCCGUGCAUUACAGGACUACCGGCAGGACAAAGAGCGUCCCCAGCAGCAGGGUGGAGAAGAUGAUGGGAGAGAUGGAGAUGAGCAGAGGGGCUGCACCGCUCCGAGACGAAUUAGGGUCGUCGGUCCUGAACGGAGACGCUCACCUACACAGUUCGGCCAAACGGAAGCUGGCUGAGGACAAAGGCUACAUUUUCGACAAGAGGCUGAGGUACAACGUUCGGCAGAGCGAAGCCAAUUACAGAUUCAGGGACAUUGUAGUGAGGAAGGAAGAAGGUUUCACACACGUCCUGCUGUCCAGCCAGACAUCAGACAACAAUGCACUAACACCAGAGAUCAUGAAGGAGGUGUGUCGAGCUCUGGGCACGGCGGCGGUAGACGACAGUAAGCUGCUGUUACUCAGCGCAGUGGGCAGCAUCUUCUGCAGCGGCCUGGACGCCUCGUACCUGAUUGGCCGACUCUCCACCGACCGCAGGAAAGAGAGCAGCAGAAUCGCCGAGGCUGUGAGGGAUUUUGUAAAAGCCUUCAUCCACUUUAAGAAGCCCAUCGUGGUGGCUGUUAAUGGUCCUGCUCUGGGUUUGGGUGCCACCAUCCUUCCACUCUGUGACAUCGUUUGGGCCAGCGAGCGGGCCUGGUUCCAAACCCCAUGUGCUGCACUGCGCCUUACGCCAUCCGGCUGCUCCUCGUACACGUUCCCUCAGAUCCUGGGCGUGGCUCUGGCCAAUGAGAUGCUGUUCUGUGGGAGGAAGCUGACGGCGCAGGAGGCGUGUAGCCGAGGUUUGGUCUCACAAGUGUUCUGGCCGACCACCUUUAACCAGGAAGUCCUGCUGCGGGUGAAGGAGAUGGCGACCUGCAGCGCUGUGGUUCUGGAGGAGUCUAAGUGGAUGGUGCGCAGCAUCCUGAAGUCCAUGUUGGAGGAGGUGAAUGAGAAGGAGUGCCAGAUGCUCAAACAGUUGUGGUGCUCCACAAAGGGCCUGGAGGCUUUGUUCUCCUUCUUACAGAGUAAAGGUUACAGCGCUUGAACACGCUCAGCAUGACCGCAUCACCACCGCACCCACCUAGAGCCCACCAUGAUGUCAUGUACUGUAAAAGAAAUGAAUAUAAGCCAAGAAAUUAUUAUUAUUAUUAUUAUUAUUAUUAUUAUUAUUAUUAUUAUUAUUAUUAUUAUUAUUACUAUUAUAAAUAUUUAUAUUCCCGACUGUAUCAGAAGGGUUCUGUGAUUUUUCCGAGGAUGCUUCCAGACCAGCAUUCGAAACACUGAAUAUUCUGUCACCUAACGAAAUGCCUUUAACAUCGUCCUUCUUUGUUUAUUCUUAAAAACAAGCCAUUUUGCAUAUAAUUGCAAACAAUUAAUAAUUAAAUAAUCCUGUGUAGAUGUGUACAGUGUAGAUAACUAUGGAUGUUUAAUUUAUUGUCACUUUCAUGUCUAAUAGGCUGAAUUUCGUACCAAAGGUUCUUGGGUAAAUUAUGAUGAUUAUUAUUAUUAUUAUUAUUAUUAUUAUUAUUAUUAUUAUUAUUAUUAUUAUUAUUAUUACUGACUUUCUUUCCCUUAAAAACACCAUCAUCAUGUCCAUGCAGCAAUGAUGGGUUUAUUAUGAAGUGUAGAUGAACUUCCAUCCUUCUUCUUCUUCUUCUUCUACUUCUUCUUUUUUAAAGCUGAUUGUUAGACGCCAGUCAUGUCUCUGUCGUCAGCCCUGAAUGUGAUGAUCGACUCUCUUCCUGUUUUGUUCUAGAGAUAAAAUGAUUCUUUUAGCAAUGAAAGAUGCUUUAAAAAAAUCAAAACAUCCACAAAAAAAAAAAACACAAAAAAACUACGUACAGAUAUCUCAUGCAUUGUUCAUCUCUGAUUCAUAAGUCUAUGCAAAUCCAAUAACAGGACAUUUAUGUUUUUUUAUUUUGUUUUAUUUUUUCCAUAUUUAUCCUGAAUGUUUAUGUUCUCUUAUGUUCUCUUCAGUGCAUCAUUUUCUGAAGAAGAUCGCAGUUUAAAAUGAAGUGACGUUAUACUGUGACGGUCUUUAUAAUCUAAUCAAAUAAGAUAAAGAAAAAACAGAAAAUGGUGCAGAAUUGUAACGUCUGUGCUGCUGUUAGUCCUUUGUCUCUGCGCUAAACAGUCAGUAGACAAGUAGCAUGUCCAAGUGUUGUAAAGAGCUCAGAGGAAGUUCUCAAGCAAUUCAGAAUAAUUACUGUUUUUUUUGUUUGUCUCUAUAUUUUUUAUCAGCAUAAAUUAUUAAUCAUAGUUCACUUAGGUCCACAAAAUGAUGUAUGUUCAAAAAAAAAAGAAAAAACACAUCUAAAAACUUGUUACCGGUUGUAAAAACCCUGCCUUUCUCAGCAUCACCGAUUACAGCCACGCCCCCGAGUACAGCUCAGGGCUGUGAUUGGACAGCGAUUGUUUUCUAGCGUAUAAUUACUGAAGUGACAUAAAAUCAGUGUUUAAUUCUUUAAUUACAGUUAUUCCCUUUUAUAGAUCAGAUGAAGUGAAGUAAGGGAAAUGUGAUGAAGGUUUUGGUCUUCCUCUGUUAUCUGUUGUCUCAUCACAAAAUAAAAUAAAAAACAAGUAACAAAGAAA